UUCAGAUCUAGCAGUGCAUCUUUUACAUAUGCACGCGAUGAAGAAAGUGCUCGAGAUUUUCGUGAUGACAAUCGUAACGAGCAGUGCAAAAGUCGUAUUGCCGCAAGUACCGGACGUUGUGCAUCCUCCAGUUCCUGAAGAUGCCCACUUAGAUACUACCGAUAGUUCUUUGAUUGAAGAUCAAGAUCCAGAGGUGAGACCUGGACUGUUUCAAGGAGAUAUCGCGCUAAAUAAUGAAGUGUAUAAAUAUUGGCGCAUCGGUUUGCGUUGGGACGUCUUCCCGGACAAAUUGUGGACUAACGGGACCGUACCUUACGUGAUUAGUCCUAUUUAUGAACCCGCCGAUCAAGUUACAAUAUACAAAGCGAUUAGAACGAUUAACUUCAUGACGUGCAUUAAAUUUGUUCCAUGGGACGGUGUAGCCAAGGACUACAUUUUAAUAUGGCCGAUCAAAUAUCCCGCAGGUUGUUGGUCGUUUGUUGGAAAAUUUGGAGGCUCGCAAAUUGUUAGCCUGCAACCGCCCGAUAGGAACGGUCCCAAUUGUCUUGGUACCGAAGGCAGAGCAAUUCACGAGCUAAUGCACGCUUUAGGGAUCUUUCACGAACAAUCCAGAUGGGACCGGGAUAAAUUUGUUAAAGUUCACCACGAGAAUAUUAUUCCAAAUUUUAAAUCAAACUUUGACAAGCAAAGUCUUGAAAAUACAACUUACCAUUACGAGUACGAUUACGACUCAAUCAUGCAUUAUGGAAAAAACUACUUUAGCAAAGCAAAAGGUAAGCCGACGAUAACUGCAAAGAUGCCAAACAUUAAGCGUCUUGGACAAAGGAAGGCGAUGUCAAAAGGAGACUGUCUAAAACUCAAUCAUUUAUACAACUGCUUUGAUAACCCGAAGAAAAAACGAAAAUAUUAUAAUUUGUGUCAAUUUAUGGGCUUAUAAGUUGCUAUUCUCAUUAAUAAAUCACAAUUCAUUUACUA